GUGAAAACCGGAAGAGUAUAAUUUCCAGAAACAUGGCAGCGCCUAACGAUUCAAGCUGCUGGAGCAGCCCGGAGGUUUACAAACAUCAUGAACAGCAAAAAGUGUGUAUUUCUCGACCAAAGUAUAGAGAGGGAAGGAAAGCCAAAGCUGUUAAGGUGUACACCAUUAAUUUGGAGUCCCGUUACCUGAUGGUGCAAGGGGUCCCAGCCAUUGGAGUGAUGACGGAGCUGAUCCAGCUGUGUGCCCUGUACGGAGCCGUGGAGGAGUACAGGCCCCUGGACGAGUACCCCGCUGAGGAGUUCACAGAAGUCUAUCUCAUCAAAUUCCAGAAACUCCCCAGUGCUAGGGCGGCCAAACGACACAUGGAUGAGAAGAGUUUCUAUGGUGGCGUGCUACAUGUGUGUUAUGUUCCUGAAUAUGAGAGUGUGGAAGACACCAGGCUGAAGCUGCAAGACCGGAGGAGAUAUGUGAUUCGGAUGGCACAGAAUAAAGUCAGAGAAAAGGAACAGAGAGAGGAAGUGAAGAAGGAGCCCACAUCAUCUGACACGGCUGCAGCAUCAGAGAGCAUCACCUCAACAUAUGAUCAAACGUCUGACAACAAUAACACUGGAGAGAGCUCAACCACCAGCCAUUAUUUAGGUUUUCCUUCCCUGCCCUUACCUCCUCAAGAGGAAUAUAACCGUAGACAUACAAAUCUACACAGGAACAUACCAACAGAGGACAAAAUGGGGUCAUUAUCUAAUUAUGUCGUUGACACAAAACAGCAGCAAAUGCAGAAUCCAAGCUCCAGCCAGAUGUCUUCUAAUAAAGACAGAGGGAAAGAGAGCAGAGUGACGGCUUCAGCCAUCAGAUUUGUACCGAGGACCACACACAUGGAGAGCAGGAAACGCAAACUGGAAGAGGCCACACAACACUUACUGUUUGAGGCUGAGGGAAAAAAUGAGCCACUGAUUGGGCCAAAGCUACCGGAGCCACCGAAACUGGACAUGGAGGACGAAUCACUGAACACAACUGUCAGCCUGAUCAGGAGCAAAAUCAAACAGGUGGAAUCAGUCCCUGACCUCAAACCAGCGGAAAAGAAGGUGAAACCACGUCGUCGGAUUUGAUCAGGUCUGCUGUCUUGGCCCUGCGAUAAUGUCGAAACUACUGUUGUGGACUGUGAACAUUCAGAUUAUGCUUUUCAGCAGCUUGGUUUUCUUUCACACAUUUUGAACUGAAUGCAAACAGCUGUUAACAUGUUUUUUUUUUUAUUAAAAACGAAAAAAGGUAACUCAAAUGGAUGAUUUCAUCAUUGUCCAGGUGGGUCCUUAAAUGCUUGCUCCUCAAAUACCAGCGUACUCUGAAACAGGAAGAAUAUACAAUUUAAAGCACAGCGCAUAUUUUUAUUGAUCUAGAAUUGUAAAUCAUUAGUUUUUCAUCAGUCCCAUAAUACCCAAUUCCUGUAGUACCUCAGCAUCAGGGAGGCAGGAUCCAAAAGCUUCAAGCAACAGGUUCUCCUCUCUUACUGCCCUCUCAAAGUCUGCAUAAGAGAGCCUGCCAUCAUGGUCAUAGUCCUAGUAAUGAAAAUCACAUGGCAGAUUCACUUCUGGAUGGAACUUCAUUAGUGAGCACAUUGCACUGUUAGGAAGACUAUCUUGCUUCUUGCUUCCUCACAAUAAAUUUGAAGUGUGCCUGAGUUUUAA